CCUCCCUUACGACCCACCGGGGGGGCUUGAAGCAGCCGAAAUUACAGAGGUCAUCUAGACAUGCAUCAUCGCCGAGUCCGACGUGUCCACUGCCGAGACAGGACUGAUGUCGGUAGAUGGGAUCCAGAAAUCCUAUCAGAAGCUCGAAGCUCUCACACAAAAGAAUUUCAGGGAUCAUCUACGCCGCUAUCUGGACAUGUAUCUCGCUGACUGUCCUUUCGAAGUUAACAGCACCAAUCGCUAUGAUCUCGGCCGCGAAGACGCCAGCAUCACUGCACGGUGCCGCAUGCUGCGUGGUAGUGCCGUCGCGUACCUUAAUGGCUCUCGGGUGGACAUAUCACGCGAGGAAGAGGGCUUCCUGACGAGCCACGGGAAGGACUUCAGCAUCGUUUUCAGCAGCCGCAGGAACCGUAAUUGCGUGUUCCUCGGGCCUGCGCGGUUCGUAAACCAUGAUUGCGACGCCAACGCGGUGCUGGUGCCCGAAGGAGGAGGAAUUCAGGUCACUACGACGGCAGAUAUCGAGGCUAGCGAGGAGAUCACAGUCUAGUAUGGGCCAGACUACUUUAGCAAGGGCAAUUCUGAAUGCCUUUGCGCAACGUGCGAAAAGCAGGGGGUUAACGGA